GAGGUAUUCAAGCACCCAUUACGAAUCUCUUAUCCUAUCAAGUACAAAUAUGUACACAAUGCCAAAAUUCUUCCAUGCAAAUCCUAGAGACAAAAAAACCUCAUUCAUGGCGGCCCUAUCAAUGCUUCUAAUCAUCAAAAUCCUUUGCCUGGCUAAUUUUGCAGAAGCUACCACUUCAAAACCCUUGCCAUCUCAGUUCGCAAAGUUGUCUAGGUCAACAACAACACCCGGAGCUCCAUCAUCCACUGAUACCUCUCCGUGCAAAGGCACCCCUUACAAAGCAGCCUGCCAAUCUCUCCUCCUGACAUUGAAUACCAAUAAUAAUGAUGAUCUUCCUAAAACCCCGAAAGAACUCUUUGAUUACUCAGUCCAUUUCACCUCAAGCCAAGCUCACUCAGCCAUAGACCAACUCGCUACCACAUUCCUUGGCCAAACCUACCAGGAGAUUGACAUGACUCGUUUGCCUGGUAGUGGCAUGAGAGACUGCAUGGAGUUGCUUGAUGAUACCUUGGACCAACUCUCUAAUGUCAUCAAUCGCAAGAAUGACCCUACCCACACCCACAACGAUGUCCAGACAUGGCUUAGUGCUGCAGUUACCAAUCAAGAAACAUGCAAAGAAAGCCUGCUUGAAAAUGUUAAAAAGAAUCAUUUAGAGAAGUUUGACGUAAUAGAUUCCACGGUAAAAAACUUAAGUCAAUUUAUAAGCAACUCUCUUGCACUUUAUGUGUCCAGCUAUGGACUCCCUAGCACGAGUCCUCGUGGUCGGAAAUUGUUGACGGACCAAAGUAAUAUUAUUAAUGAUUUCCCAAGUUGGUUAUCCUUGUCGGAAAGGAAGCUUCUAGAAGCUUCUGUAGGAGAGAUAGAAGCCCAUGCGGUAGUGGCAAGGGAUGGGAGUGGGACCCAUACCACCAUUGCGGAGGCAAUCAGGCAGGUGGCGGCUUCUCUGGAUGGUGGGGGUAGAAAUGUAAUUUACAUCAAAGCCGGGACUUAUAAGGAGAACCUCAAUAUCCCUUCAAAGCAGAAGGACGUGCUUUUAUAUGGCGAUGGGAAGGGUAAAACGGUCAUUGUCGGUAGUAAAAAUGCUGCAGAUGGUUCCACAACUUACGACUCUGCCACAGUGGGCGUGAUGGGGGAUGGAUUCAUCGCGAAAGACAUAACAUUUGUGAACAGUGCCGGUCCGAGCAAGCACCAAGCUGUUGCCCUUCGAGUUGGAUCCGAUAGAGCAGUAAUCUUUGGAUGCUCAAUCGAUGGUUAUCAAGACACUCUCUAUACUCUUUCCAAACGACAAUUCUAUCGAGAAACGGACAUUUAUGGCACAGUAGAUUUCAUUUUUGGUAAUUCAGCAGUGGUUUUCCAGAACUGUAAUAUUUUUGCCAGGAAUCCCGGAACAGGACAGAAGAAUUUUGUGACUGCGCAAGGUCGCACUAGCCCUGAUCAAAACACAGGCAUUUCUAUACAAAACUGCCAGAUAGAGGCGCAGUCGGUCACAUAUCUUGGUCGGCCAUGGAAGCAGUAUUCUAGAACAGUUGUAAUGCAGUCCUCUUUGGAUGGUUCAAUAGAUCCUGCUGGUUGGUUUCCUUGGGCUGGUGGCUCCUCCCCCUCGUCAAUCUAUUAUGGUGAAUACAUGAACUCAGGCCCCGGCUCCUCUACUUCCGGCAGAGUCAACUGGCCUGGCUAUCAUAGCUCGCUUACCUCCACAGAAGCUGAAAAGUUCACGGUUGGUAGUUUCAUUAGCGGGAAUGUUUGGUUGCCCCCCACCGGCGUUGCUUUCGAUUCUGGGCUGGGUGGUUAAGGCUCGAAAAUGGAAACUACGAUGGGGUCCAAAUGUGUUUAUUUUAUUAUAGCUGUCAUCUUUGUCCUAUCUUCUGUUUAAUUAUUUUCCUAAUUUAUUAUGUUUUUUUUGUUUAAAAAUAAUUUUACUUGUUCAUGAAUCAAGUGCCCAAAUGUAAUUCUCCAUGUUCAAGUAAUACAAUUUCAUUUCAAUUUCA